UACCAUUCAGUCUUUGCUACUGAGUGUUGACCUGUAGGAUUUCAAAGGCUCUACGGGACAGCUUUUGGACAGUAUCUCUUCUACGUGCGAUGGUUUCCGCAAGAUUCAAGAAAACUCAAAUUUUUUAUAACGAUGACCUUUUGUUUGGAAACAAUACACGAAUACUUGUUGAUAGGAAUAUACUGGUAAAGCUCGCUGUACUUAUGGCAUAUUGGAUUAUUUUUGCUGUUCAGUGCUUUUAUGUACACAGGGUGUGGAUCAUCACAGGACAAAAUCGCUUUAUAACAGGCAUUGUUUGUGCACUCGCCACUGCAUCAUUCGUAUGUGGCAUGAUCCUAAGUGGUCUAAUAUUCAAUACGCGAAGACCUGAAGAUCUAUUUCAUACGAAGUGGUCGCAAUUAGCGUCCUUCGCCAGUGCAUUGUGUGAUGCUGUCACUACAGGUACAGUUUGGUGGUUUUUACGACCGGCGCGAACAGACAACAUUCGGUCGAGGUCGAGGAGUUAUCUCAACGAAUUGUUGCGGGUUUUUAUCCAAAUGGGAUUGUUUUCCUUCCUUGUGGCGACUACCCUGGCUGUUCUUUAUCAAUUCCAGGAGAAUCUUGUUGGCCGAUUCUACACCGCUGCGCCUGGAGCGGUCAUAGGAAACUCCUAUAUUAACUCGAUGCUGGCCGUGCUCAAUGCCAGGAAGUCCGUCCGCGAACGUGAACGAUAUGCUCGCAACGUGUUGGAGCUUCCUACGAUACCUACGAUACAUUGAUUUCUAAUUCUGUUGGUGUGCCAAACAUAUGUUCUUUGGCGAGCAUGUGCCAUAUGAGGCCGUGCCAUCUAUCCUUCAAACGUUAAAUCACA